AUGAAAACUAGAUCUUUAUUGUUGAGUCAUUCAUUAGUGGCUAUUGUAGCUGUUCUUAUUACAACUGCAAUAUGGCUUACGACAUACUUCGUCGCUGUGAACCCGAAUAUCAACAACGGAGGAAAUGUGGUCAAUAAUAACUUCUCAAAUAACUAUUGUCCGAAUACAGAUAACACCUGCCAACUUCCUCCAAUGCCGAAAUGUGCAGAGACUUGCGAAUUCGUGAUAUGUGAAUCUAUUCCAGUUGGACUAACCUUCAAUUCUAGUUAUCCCAUCUUCAACUCAACAACCAAUUGUUGGUUGAGAUUGAUGAAAGAAGCGAAAGAAGAAAUUCUAAUUGGAAGUUACUAUUGGAGUCUUCUCGUAAGAGAUACUGGAGAUGGUUAUGACACAGAUCCGACGAAUACCAGUGGUGAUGGAGAACUGAUCUACAACACCCUUCUGUCUACUGCUGUCGAUAGAAAUAUAUCAGUGAGAAUAGCCCAGACUUAUGAGAAUGGAGGAUAUUGGGAGACGGAAAAUUUGGUUCAAAAGUCUAAUGGAAGGAUUAGAGUUAGAAGUUUGGAUUUCACAAAUUGGUACCCCGGCGGCAUUCUCCACACAAAAUCAUGGUCAGUUGACGGCAAACAUUUCUACAUUGGAUCUGCAAACUUCGAUUGGAGAUCUCUCACCAAUGUCAAAGAACUCGGAGUAGCUGCCUUUAAUUGUCCUUGUCUUGCUAACGACUUAAAAAACCUUCUGGAAAUUUAUUGGACAAUGGGAGCACCUGGAGCACAGAUACCAAAACAAUGGGACAACAGUUUAUCAACUCCCGCGAAUCAUCAAACUCCUAUGAGCGUUUAUCAGCCGACUGGUAGUCAGGCAAUGUAUAUUUCUGCAUCCCCACCAGGAUUUCAGUCUUGUGGUAGAGAAGAUGACUUGGCUGCGAUGAUAAAAACUAUUGAUGAAGCGCAAGAAUAUUUGUACAUGGCUGUUAUGGACUAUGCUCCUUCAACGAUGUACCUCAAAAAUGAGAAUAAAUGGAAGCCAGAAUUAGAUAAUGCUAUCAGAAGAGCCGCAUUUGAAAGAGCCGUUCAUGUUCGUUUAAUGAUCUCCUUGUGGCCACAUACAUAUGCCUCGGCGUACGGUACAUUGUACUCUUUGCAAGAUAUAUCGGAUCACUUGCCAUGCUAUAAGUGGGAUUCUAAGGAUAACUGUAUCAAGAAGGGGUCCAUUGAGAUUCAACUGAUUGAGGUUCCGGCAAUGCAAUAUGGAAAAAUUCCAUAUGCAAGAGUGUAUCAUAACAAGUAUUUUGUGACGGACAGUGCAGCUUAUAUUGGUACCUCAAAUUGGUGCUCUGACUACUGGCAAUACACCGCGGGUAUUGGAAUCAUAAUCCGAGCCGACGACUCGACUGCGAAAUCUCAACUGGUGCAACAAUUCACUUCCAUCCAUGAGAGAGAUUGGUUCUCUCCUUACACCAUUCCUCUCAAAAACUUUACAAUUUCCGAUUUCCAGGUUGUCGACAUGAGAUGGGGCGUUCGAGAUGAGUCAACUGACGAUCACAUGACUACGAAACUGUGUCUCUCGGAAAUUGCUAACUGUCAGAGACUUUCAGUCGGAGCAAACUUUGUGGUCUUUCUUUGCCAAAAAUAUGGGUACAGACCAAUUCCAUCUGAAAUCUUGUCUACUGAAUUAGAGAUGUUGAAACGAACUUUGAAGGAAGAGCAUGAAGAUAUUUCUUUGCUGGAUAGCUGGUAUAUUGAGGAUACGAACUCGGUGCCUCCCAUGUUUGUGCUCCAACAGAUCAGUUCAAUUCUGGUUAACUUCAAUAACAAACGAAUCCCAAAACUGCAAGAACAAGAUGCAAAACAAUGGUGGGAAUGCGAAGCGAAGAUGCAACAAAUGUUGAGAAAAGGAGCAAGAAGUUGUUAUGAAAAAGGCUUUUUGGAUCAUGAAACAAUGCAUAACUACUUCAUGUCUGUGACAGAAAGAGAGGUUGUUCAUGGUAUUCUGAAGGUUAAGAAUCCAAAUGAACACUGUCUUUGCUACAUUCGACACAUCAAUAAUAUAGCCUUGUCCCAGAUGAAAACAGCGUCAAAGUUUGUGGAUAUCGCACAUAAUCAUGUCAACUCUGAAGCCCAAAAGCUGCUUGCAAACUUGAGAGAUGAGCGAGUUCCAGCCAAACUUGCAAUGCAGAAUAUCAGACGAUCAACUGUGGAAUGGGUUGGAAGAGAUGGAAUAGAUGUUCAAUACCAUGCGGAAUACAUCCGACAAUUCUGCACAGAUUUCUAUACAAGUAUCACGUCAAUGGUUGAUAAUGCGAUGGAGAAACAUGCGAGGUUUCGAGAUCAGUUGUUCACUGAAGUGUUGACUCAUUUGACAACAGGGAUUACUGUAUCAAAUAUGUUUUUUGGAAGGAAUGAGCAACUGGACUGUGCGAAACAAUAUGUUUUGGGUAACUCAAAUCUUCCAAUUAUUCUUCAAGGAGAAAAUGGUUGUGGGAAGACGUCUCUUAUGGCGAAAAUAGCAACACAAAUCAGAACAUGGUAUGAUAACACGUGUGAGCCGAUCGUCCUUUUGAGAUUCCUUGGAACAAGUCCUGAUAGCUCAAAUAUUGCUCCAUUGUUGACAAGUGUUUGUGAUCAGAUAGCAUUAAAUUACGAUGAAACAUUGAAAAACUCUUCGCCCACCGAGCUAUCAAAGCUGUUCCAACACUUCAAAAAGAUUACAUACCUGGCUACACGAGAACGUCCUUUGAUUAUACUUUUCGACAGUCUUGAUCUCCUCUCAACUAUCGAUGGAGCACAUGAACUUCUUUGGUUUCCACCUUCUCUUCCUCCGUUUGUGAAACUGUUUGCGUCUCUCACUCCUGGUGCAAGUUUGAUCUAUUCGAAAAUGCAGAGAUUAAUUGAAGAUAAACGACAGUACCUUAUGGUUCCAAGUCUCGGAAAAGAAUUGGGAUUUCGUGUUGUCCAGGAAUGGUUGUCAGAUAAGGGAAGGACUUUGUCAGAGAGACAAUGGAGUACGGUAUCCAAAGCAUUGGAUAAGUGUACUCUUCCAUUAUUUGUGAAGUUGAUUUAUGCGACUGUGGCGAGAUGGAAAUCGUAUUCUCGUCCUCAAGAAACUAUUCUCUUCUCAUCUUUGCAAGAAAGUAUCAAUGUGUUGUUUCACAGAACGGAAAGUCAACAUGGAAAGCUCCUCGUAUCUCAUGCUCUAUCAUACAUUUCUGCUGCUCGAUCUGGAAUUAGUGAUUCAGAAGUUGAAGAUUUGAUCUCUCUCGAUGACAAAGUGCUUGAUGACAUUUAUCAAUACCAUCUACCACCUGUUCGAAGAAUCCCACCUCUUCUAUGGAGUAGAAUAAGAUCUGAUCUUCCUGGAUACUUAUCGGAAAGAGCUGCCGACGGUGUCAUUGUGCUUAACUGGUACCAUCAACAAUUCCGUCAAGUCGCCAUCGAGAGGUAUUUCAAGAAUGUGAAUCAUUUGGAGACGUGCCACUCUGCUAUGGCCGAAUACUUCCUGGGUGUCUGGGGAGGAGUUCCAAAACCUUAUCAGUAUACAGAAAUGCAGAAACAAAGAUUUGGAGUGACUGAAAACGAGGGACUUGCUGAUAGAAAAGUGCCGAAGCAACCGAAUGUGUUCUCGUCGAAAGAUGGAAACCAUCGUUACAAUACGAGGAAGUUGAAUGAGCUACCGUAUCAUCUUUUGAGAUCUGGAAGAGUUGAUGAACUGCUGACACUUUGUCUUUUUGAUUAUGAGUUUCUUCAUGCGAAAGUUUCAAGUUUUCCAUUACAAUCGUUGAUUGCCGAUUACGAAGAUGCAAUUCAGAAUGUUAGAGAUGUAGAAAUUUCGAGACAAUUGACAUUGGCAGUUGAUGCGUUGAGACUUUCUGCAAGUAUCUUGAGCCGUAACCCAUCAAUGCUGGCAUUCGAACUGUUAGGGCGUCUUCUUCCUCUGGUUGCUACUAACAAAUAUGUCAGCAAACUUCUUAUCAAGUGUGACAAAGAAGGCCCUCAACACAACGCCUUCGUCCCUGCUCAUCAUUGUUUCCAUGCUCCUGGAGGUCCUUUGAAGUUCUCGUUGGAAGAACAUCAGUUCGCGGUUUUUGGAAUGCAACUGACUUCUGAUAGAAAGCUAUUAGUGUCCACUUCAACUCAAAUUAUUGUUUGGGAUGUUGCAACAGGAGAUAUUGCGAGAGUUGUGAAUCCAAAUAUCGACGGUGUCUUUUUUGGAUUAGCUGUUUCUGAGAAUGAUAAGUUCGCCGCUGCCUACACGAAUAACAAUCAAGUUAUUGUUGCCUCAUUGGUAACUGGAGAAUUCACAGCGAUUGAUCCAGAACCAUUUGUGACUCAAAUGGAGCUACAGGCGAUUCGUUUCGUUGGUAACAACAACAUUCUAAUGUGGUCUAAAUCUCAGUACUUGAUUUAUACAGUUAACGGAAAUAUAGUCAGCCAAGGAUCUGAAAGUGAAGGGGAACAUAAUAAUCUAGUUCAUAUUUUCUAUCGAGACAAGUUAAACAUGAUGUUUUUGCUAUGGACCGGAGAACGAGAUGAGUGGAGAUUGGUGUUGAAGGGGACACUGAAUGACGAAAAAACUCAAACGAAAGGAAAACUCAACAACUUCUAUUGUGAAGCUUCCAUCACAUUUCUCGAUAACUAUUUCAGAAAAGGAUUCGCUUGUGUCGCUCAUAAAAGCAGUCUGGACCCGGAUGGAGAUCACAACUUUGCUCUUGUCCGCAUCGCACUAUCUGGAUCAAAGUAUAUAACAGAAGAUGUGAUUCAAGAGGGACUACCAAACCGAAUAAAUGAUAUAAAAAUCUUUGAGAGAAACUGUGCAGGCAGUCAGAGUCAGAAUCAAAAUCCUUGGAUUGUUGGAGUUAUGAUUGAUAGUUUUCUUCUAUACCGUGACAACUGUGAAUUCAAGCCAAUCUUUUUGAAACUUCCUCUGAAUGUUCGAAACAUUCCAAUCCGUCCAAGACACACUACAACUGCCGUCACGUUUGCUUCUCAUGACACUGUUUUUGUGGCUGGAGUCAGAAAACAUUUGUUCCUUUGGAACGUUGCUUCAACGGAACUCCUCCGUUCCCUCGACGCUCAUUUCGGUCGGAUUCUGAAUCUCGAUUCUGUCAGUCAACUAGGCCAGAACAUUCUCAUCUCGUCCUCUCUGGAUCACACUAUCAAGAUUUGGAACAUGGAGAAUAUAUUCGAGAAAUCAUUUUCUGUUUCCACAAUGGAACAAUCUAUUGAAAAAAUAUCCGUGGCGAAAGACAAUCCGACGUUGGCCGCAGUGCAGACUAGAAAGAAUAUUGGAAUUUGGGAUAUUAAAUCUCAUCGAUAUAUCGCGUCUCUCGUUGCAAAUGUUCAUGGAGCAGUGGUCUCUGAUUCUCUGUUGGCUGCAGAUGGAAGAACAAUCGUGGCGAUUGAAUCCGAUCAACUGCUUCUCUGGGAUCUCCGAACUCAAUCAGUGAUUCAUUCUGUUCAUGCUCCGAAUGUGUUUCAGAUUUUUUAUAUGAAUAAGGAAGCGUUGAUCGGUGUCAUCUACCGACAAGUGGAUUCAGCAGAACAGAAAAUAGCGCGUCUUACAAUUUACAGUAUCGCAGAUUUCAGUGUUCAAUAUAAUUUUGAAUAUCCAUGCAGAUUAUUCAAAGAUUGUGCGAUUUUAAGAGACGGAGUCACUGGAGUUGUCAUAACACUAUUCAAAGGACACGAUAGUCUUUUGGUGUUUGAUGCUGUUGAGAAAACUCAGAAGAUGAAAUUCCGGCCAAGACAAUCGAAGAAACAGAAAGAUGUCAUGAUUAAUAAGAUUAUUGCAAUGCCAUCGAAUAGUAAUCAGGUUAUCGUAGUGGAAAGUGACAACAAAGCGAGUGUUUGGGAUAUUCGAGUCAGAAAGUUCCACAGAACAUUGACUCAAUUCAAUGGUGUCGUUUCGAAUGAUGGAAAACUUGGAUUGUUUGCACCUGCAAAAGGGGGACUUUUCGUGAUUGAUAUGAGAAGUGGACAAGUUGCGAAGACAUUGAUUGGUAAUGUAACAGAAGGAGUGAAUGAUGUCACUUGCUCGUUUUCUCCGAACGGUCAAUACGUUUUCUAUUAUCACAGUGGACACAAAACAUUAAGAGUAUUCCGAGUUCUCGAUUGCCAACUUAUCGGAACUUUUCGACCGCACGCAACAAUCACUUGUUGGAGUUACGAUCCGGAUGGUUUCUUUGUUAUCCUUGGCGCACAGGAUGGCUCUCUUUUGACUGUUGUACUGAAUGAUCCGCUUGCAAAAGAAGAAACUCUGAACAAAAUUGCACUACUUCCUUGUCGGCGUCAACUUGCCGAGUUUCUUCAUAUUCAUGUUCCUGAAGAAGCUGAGCUUGAUACUUUUGAUCUUCGCAACCUUGGAGCUGUUACUGCUGCUGUCACUCGCUUCAAAUCGCUUCUGGACAACAAGAAAGGAGGCGGAGUCACCAAAAAGUCUCACGUUUGUAGUAUAAUGUGA